UAAGUUUAGUAAAAUUUUAAUCUAUUUUCGAGCUGAGGGAAACCCGAACUCGACCCAAUGAAUAAAAAAUUUUGGAUAAUUGAACCUAAUUUUUUUAAAAUCUCUUCCUAUUUUCUUCAUAGCUAGUCUACAUUCACGAAAAUUAGUUGUUGACUUGUUGUAACUCUCAAGCUGGAAUCAUAUUUCUUUCAUUGGAAGUGCAAGGAAAGUGCAAUGUAGUUCUUGACACUUGCCCCUACACGCAUAUGCAUUAUUUUCAAUGCUUUCUACUUUCUUUCCUUUUUUCCACAUAAUUUAUUGCCAUAAUAAAAAGUUUGGUUCAUAUGCAUACAAGGUCAAGUCAAUCCAAUCCAUUGUUAACCCUAACUGGAAACAGUAGCUUUUCUUUGUUUACUCAUUCAGGCUGAUCCAAAUUUAUGUGAAAUUGUUUCUUUCUUUGUCUUUGAAUAUAUCCAUAGUUGGUUCCUUAGUUACAUGGCAGAGGUAUUUCUUUCACCCCUUGUAGGUACAAUAUUGGACAGCUUGAACUCGUGGUCCUUGAAAGGGCUGGAACUUGCUGGGAGCCUCAAAACAGAAGUUGCGAGUCUUGAAAGUACGCUUACUACAAUCCAAGCUGUGCUCCAAGAUGCAGAGGAGAAGCAAUGGAAGAGUAAAGCUAUCAGGGACUGGCUUGGGAAGCUUAAACAAGCAGCUUACGAUCUAGAAGUUGUGCUUGAUGAUUUCAACACCGAAGCUCUAAGGCGUAGCCUUCAUACGGAUGCAAGAAGCCAGGUAACCACCUUCAUUUCCUUGCGGAAUCCCCUCUUGUUUCGCUUAGAUAUGGCACGUAAGUUUAAGAAUGUAAGGGUGAAAUUAGAUGCCAUUGCUGGGGAGAAAAGUAAGUUCCACUUGAGAGAGGGUGUGGGAGAAGCUGAAAUUGAGCGGAAUGAGGAUAGGCAAACCAGCUCCCUCGUGACAGAAUCAGAAGUACUUGGUAGAGCUGAUGAGAAGGAAAAGAUAGUUAGUAUGUUACUUAGUAAUGUGAGUCACCAUGAUGACCUCUCUGUUUAUGCAAUAUGCGGAAUGGGUGGUCUUGGUAAGACAACAAUUGCUCAAUUGGUUUACAAUGACGAAAAUGUGGUCAAAGUCUUCGAUUUGAGAGGUUGGGUGUGUGUAUCUGAUGAUUUUGAUAUAAAAAGGUUGACUAAAGCGAUUGUGGAAUCCUUUGGAUGGAACUCGCGUGAUAUCCAAGAGCUAGAUCCCCUGCAGCGGUGUUUAGUAGAGAAGCUUGUUGGGAAACGGUUUUUGCUCGUACUAGAUGAUGUGUGGAAUGAGUACGAUGACAAGUGGGAUAGAUUGAAACAAGCUCUACAGUGUGGACGGAAAGGAAGUACAGUGAUUGUCACUACUCGACUCGAGAAAGUUGCUCUUAUGAUGGCUACAACUUCUUUCCAUCGCUUGGGAUGUUUGUCGGAUGAUGAUUCUUGGUCUUUAUUCAAGCAAAGAGCCUUUGGGAUGGGAAUGAGCGGAAGCAGCGCGAACCUGGAAACCAUUGGGAGGCAAAUAGUGCGGAGAUGUGGAGGGGUACCAUUGGCAAUUAAGGCCAUAGGAAGCAUAUUGCGUUUUAGAAGUCAAGAAAGUGAAUGGUUACGUGUCAAAGAUAGUGAGAUAUGGGAUUUGGAAGAUGAGGGAAGCAGAAGAAUCUUAGCUGCGUUGAGGCUAAGUUAUGAACAUCUUCCACCGUAUAUGAGACAAUGUUUUUCAUUUUGCUCGAUAUUUCCCAAAGAUUUUGUGAUGAUAAAGGACAAGCUUAUAGGACUAUGGAUGGCAAAUGGAUUUAUUCCUUCUGGAGGAGCAUUGGAUUUGCAUGAUACGGGUUGUGAAAUAUUCUCUGAAUUAACUUGGAGGUCCUUUUUUCAAGAAAUCAAUGAGGAUAUCGAUGGAACUGUUACAUGUAAAAUGCAUGAUCUCAUCCAUGAUCUUGCAACAUCGAUUAUGAGACAAGAGUGCUGUGUGAUUAAGCCAAAUGAGGGGUCACAAAUUCCAAAAACUGCUCGUCACUUGUUUGUUAAUAAUAGAAGUCUAUCGACAAGUGUUGUGGACUUAACCACAUUGCAACCGCUGCAAUCUUUGAUCCUAGGCUGCUAUCACUUAAACCUCUCUAAUCCUUCUCAUUUCAUCAGUAAACAAAAGUAUCUCAAGGUGUUGGAUCUGGAGUCUAAUUUUUGCAAUAUUGCAUUUAAAAUUUCGAAACACUUGAGGUAUCUUCGCCUUGACGGUUUUAAUGUGAAAACUUUACCUGAAUCAACAAGCUCUCUUCAUAGCUUGCAGACACUAAGCCUCAGAUAUUGUGGCAAUCUUCGAAUGUUACCCAAAGGUACGAAGAACUUGAAAAAUCUUAGGUACUUGGACAUCAGAGAUUGCCAUGCACUAACUUCCAUGCCUGUUGCAUUGGGACAGUUGUCUUUUUUGCGCAAGCUUAGCAUGUUCAUUGUGGGAAAGGAAGAAGGUUGCGGCAUUGAUGAGUUGAAAGAGUUGGCCCUUGAGGGGGAGUUGAGCAUCAAAGGACUUCACAACGUGAAGAGUUCGAUGGAAGCUAAAAAUGCAAAUUUGAUAAAGAAGCACAAUUUAAGAUCACUUAGCUUAUCUUGGCGAAUAAACCGCAACGAGAACUCUCCUCAUCAAAAUGAUGAAGAGGUUCUUAGUGCUCUCCAACCUCAUUCAAACUUGAAGAAGUUAUGCAUAAUUGAUUACCAAGGUUUGACGUUGCCAUAUUGGAUGAUGGAUCUGCUUCUACCAAACCUUGUUGAAAUCUCACUAGGAAACUGUGAAAGAUGCCAUCAGCUACCACCUCUAGGGAAAUUGCGCUUCCUUAAGGUCCUUAAUAUUUGGGGAAUGGGUGCCCUGAAGUAUAUUGACAACAACUUCUAUGGUGAUAUGGAAAGUUCUUUUCCAUCACUCGAGGUUCUCGGAAUACGUGAGGCGCCAUGUUUGGAGGAAUGGACAACAGUGUAUGGUACAGAACAUUUUCCUGUCCUGAGUUCAUUAACUAUUUAUUCUUGUCCUAAGUUGGUUAAACUGCCAUUGCUUCAAUCUCUAAAAGAUCUACAUAUUGGAGGAACUAAUGUUACUUUGCUCACACCUUUGAUUAUGAAUGCCACGGUUCUUACCUCUCUCGAGAUUAGUGACUUCACUGAGUUACCGGACGGACUAUUGCAAAAUCAAAAGCAACUUGAUCGGUUGUCUGUUCUUUGUUGUAGUCUAAAGUCUUCAUCCGAUCUGCUGGAUAAUCUAUCCUCCCUUAAAUACUUGGAUAUUCAAGCUUGCUCAAUUGAAAGCUUGCCUGCAGGACUACAAAACCUCAGCUCUUUAAAAACUUUGCAUUUAAAUUGUUGUAACAGCCUUGUAUCCCUUCCGGUAAAUGGAUUGCAAGACUUAUCUUCCUUAUCUUCACUACAGAUUCAAAAUUGUAAGGCAUUAGCCUCUUUAUCUGAGGGUGUGGGAUAUCUGACUUCACUCCAAGACUUUCUUAUUAAUGGAUGUCCAGAGUUAACCUCAUUGCCAAGGAGUAUCCAACACCUCUCUUCUCUUCGAUAUCUGCGGAUUUGGCAUUGUAGGGAUUUAAUUUCUCUCCCAGAUGAGAUACAACACCUCACCUUGCUUUCAGAAUUGGAGAUAAAGCAUUGCUAUAAUUUGAUGUCAUUGCCUCAAGGGGUACGUAACCUCACUGCGCUGCAAAAGCUAACGAUCAAUGGAUGCCCCCAUCUGCAAAGACGGUGUAAGAAAUUGAGAGGAGAGGAUUGGCCGAACAUAGCCCACAUUCCGUCCAUUGAAAUCUUUAACAAGCGUUGGUGAGUGACGACUUUCGUUAAAUUCGAGGACCUAUUUUGCAAUUUGAAAAAAAAUGACAACAUUGCAUUAAACUCACAGACGAAUUCUAUUCCCCAUAAGAGCAGGUAAGAAUAAGUAGAUGACAAAUAAUUUUAGCUUCUAACUUCUUAAGCUCAUCACACAUAACUUUGUUAAACUCUAUUAUGUAUUUGUGUAAAGGCAUCAUGUUGGUGGCUUCGUUGGUAUUGGGAUUUUGAUGUGCGAAGUUUAUGCGUGGUUUUGUAAUGAAUUGAUAUUAAUUUUAGUUGGUCGGAUAUGUAUUAUUUGUAAUUUGUAUUGUAGUUCUAUGUAUUUUAUUUUUAUUAUUUAAUCUAUAUAUUUUCUCAAGUUUAAUAA